UUUUUUGCUCAGCGUAUUUAGCUUGCUAAUGUUAGCUAGCUAGCAAAACAGUUAGCAACAUCGCUAGCAUAACAGGUUAGCUAGCGAGCUUAAUUCCUGCCUUGCUUGCCAUGGCAUUGGCUAUUAGCUGGCUAGCUAACCAAGCAGGUUUGAUAUGAUGUAGCUAGCUAGCUUUCAAUAUGACCUGGCCAGCUAAAAUUCCUGCUAGCUCACAUUAGCUAGCUAUCUUGAUUCAAUGCUGAUUUGCAAGCUAAUGUUAGGUCGCUAGCAUUCGAGGGCUGACUGUUCUCAUAAGUUUGUGUAGUGCAAAAAUAAAUGAAGGAUCCAGCUAUGGUGGUAAUUUGUGUCAUGUCUAACUACUGCAGUACUGCUUGUCUAUGUGAUAGCUAACAGCAACAAGCCCAGACGAGCUAGCUAAACGGGGUGUCUGCAAAGAUUUUUAUAACUAACCCUAUCUGUGGUGUUAGCAGUGAUCAGCUGGUGGUUGCAUAGUAACUCUGGCAUCAGCCCAAAUUCUAAUCAAUCUGGCACCAGUUGUGAAUCUGGCACCAGUUGUGAAAUUUGAGCCAGCUCAAAUUUCGCCCUAAUUUUAAGUGCCAGUGGAAACGGAGCUUUGCUGGAUUAUUUUACAUAGGCUUUAAAAAAGUACUGCAGAUGGCUGCUGGUAAGCUUUUCUUGACAUGGACAUGAUUUUUGUUUAAACAGCUGCUCUUAGUGAAUCGGCUAUGUUAUAGUUUACACUUCCUCUACCAAUUAUAAUUUGGAGAGGUCAAAAUAUUGUGUUUUCCAGAUCCCCUCAAACAUUUUAAGUCAUCACUGGGCUGUACCAAUCAUUCAUGGAAAUAUGGUCAUGUUUCCAAUAUGGCCCCAUACAGCUGUUUAGCGGCCAUAUUGGAAAUGGCCGCAAGGGGGGGCAAAAUAUGUGAUGGCAAUGUAGCCCAAAAUACGUCUUUAGACAUACCCUAGCUGUGUGUGAAAUUUGGUGGCUCUAUCACAAAGCCCACCGUGUUUUUGUGUAGCUGCUGGAUUAUGGUCAAAAUGACCUCAAUAUGACCCCCAUUAAGGUCUUGAGUACUUAUGUCUAUAUUAUCUGUGGGGUUUAUUUAGUGGAGAGAGAACAUUACAAAGUAAUUUUGAUAUUGUUUGUGAUGAUUUUACCCUCUUUUCUUCUAACAGGAAAUCCGAAUGGCAACCAUUUUAUUCAAAUGGCCACCCUGGUUGACUGACAGGCUUCCCAGACUUUAAAAUGUUUCUUAAGGUAUGUAGUAUUAGUGUACAAAGUUUGAUCAUUUAUCAUAAAAUGCACUAUUGUUGCACCUAUCCACUGGACUAAUAUUAAACGGAUUUAAAGGGAACUCCCUCUGCUGGUAAUUUGCUGAAUGUGCAAUCCAAAAUGGGACCUAUAAUGUCAAAUUCUAUGUAAAAAUGGCCUUUACUACUAUAGCCCAUAGAAACACAUUGAAUAACAUAUUCAUAAAUGGCAAAAAAGACAAUAAAAAAAUAAAUCUUAAGGAAUAAGGUUUUGAAGUGUCUGUCCUAUAUCUAGGAGAUAUAAGAAAGCUUAGGAAAUGUUUUAGUUUUUUUGGACACAUAUUUAACGUCUUAUAUUUGUUGGCACAAAACUACCUUUAUACUUCCAUUCAUUUGUGUGGGUUACCUUCAGAUGAGUCCUGUGACACUUGUGGGGGACGUAGAACAAAACGAGAACACCAUCUCCCCUUUCCGCAGACACUACAGACGUUUUUGUGAGAAUUUAGCUCGGCCACCUUCCACCGCAGAUAUGGAAGGCCGACAUAGGCAGAUGUGGUUAAUUGAGACGCAGCCCAUGCAAAAAAAAUCUGUACCUUAAACUGACGAAUUUGGAUAGGGAUUAUGUUACAUAGGAUUUUAAUAUUCAUAUUUUAAUGUUGAAUAAAUGAAUGUAAAAAUUUGUAUUUCAGAAUCUAUACACUCCAUAUUUGAGAGCACACUAUAAGGGGCAUAAUGACGUCAAGAUGUUAUCUGUAUCUUGAACGGUUCGCGGAUCACAGGUGGCAUGUAUAGUUCUAAAAGGGGCCUAAAAUGGCCUCUUUCAUAGUGAUAAAAUAAUAAUAAUGUUUUGUGAUACAAAUGUAAAAAGCAUGUCAAACAUCCUUUCUAUGUGAGAAUUGUCAGAACAAUCUGAGAUACCAAAAAUUUUUCCACCUACGCUGAUGUGGAAUCGCCCCCUAGUUCACAACCUCAUUCAAUUAUAGCUGCUUGCAAUGGACAGGAAUCUAAACAGCUUUUACUUGUAUAUCAGUGAGAACCUGACGGCUGGUGAAGAAUUCCUCAGAUGCCUUGCAGCCAAUAAGCCAGUCCCUGACUUCCUCAAAGGACUGUCGGACUUAGGGAAGGCCGCCAAGGCACCAGGUGUACCAGAAGACCUGGGCUAUGAGAGGCAAAGACUCUGGAGAAAAUCUCGUAGUCCAGCAAAGGAAAGCAGGAGCAAGAGCCGAGCAAAGAGCCAGGUGAGAAGCAAGAGCCGUCCGCGCAGCAGAAGUCAUACCCGAAGAAAAAGCCAGGCAAGAAGCAAAAGCAGACCACGGAGCAGGAGUCACAGUCGUGGAAAGAGCCAGGUCAGAAGCAAAAGCAAGGCUCAUAGUAGCAGCCGGAGCCGAGGGAGAAGUCAGACAAGGAGCAAAAGCAGAGCAAGGAGUAGGAGUCGCAGCCGUGGAAAGUGUCAGGGCCGAGUGGAACAUCACCCAGACCACAGGGACAAAAGGAGCCCCAGUCGGAGCUGUAGCGGCAGCAGCAUCAGUAGUCACGCCUCCGCUUACAAUGACCCGCUCCAGUGCCUCAAACUGGAGGACAGUAUGCCUUCCAUCAAGAAUGCCAUUCUCACAAUCCAGGCCAAUAACUUCAGCAGAGAAAUCCAGAGUAGCAGUAUUCCAGGUUGGCCAGUCUCGGCCAGAAGACAGGAAUUUCUUCAAGUUCCGGAUGGGCCUAAUCCAGUCAGUGGACAGGAAGUUCCCCAGAUGAGACAGCAGGAAACUGACAGCAAUCUCCUCCCCCAUGAGAGAGUGGGCUGUGACUUCUUCUGGCUGCAGGGUACUAGGGAGGUCUCGCCCGUUCAGAAACCGGAGGAGGUUGAGGAUGAGGAGGACUUCCUUUAUGGGAAUGAGGAAAACCAGGCAAAACAACGCCCUGCCACCCUGCCUUUUGCACAGUCCACAACCAUUACCCAGAAAAGCUCUGCAGAGGUCUCACCGGCUGGCCCUCCUUACUAUCAAAGCAUGCCUCUGUUCGGGAACCAUGGUGAAAUCCAGGACUUCAAGAUGCCUCUUCCACUGGUCCAGUUCAGUGUGAGGCCUGAAGCGAGGGUACAGCCUGUCCCUGCUCCUGAUGUGAAACCUGCCCCCGCCCCCACUGUGAAGGAGUGUGAGAAGAUCAAGACCAUGCUGAAAACCAUUGGGCUGAAUCUGGGCACAGCAGAGAUCAGUAAGAUGAUGAUCAAGCUGCAGCAGCAGACGGAUGGGAAGAUGCCGGAGCAGAAGCAGGAGGAGAAACUAGCGUUACCAGCAACAAUGCUGCCUCUUCCUCUUGUAGCUGGGGAAUCACAGGAGCCCAGACUGGCCUCACCAGCACUUAGAACAGCACCAAUACGACAAGCACUGGAGUCUUUACAGUCCAUUAUUAAAGCAACAAGGGAGAAAAGGGCCGAUAGUGAUCCACAUGAUAGCAACCAUUCACAGAGGAAUUCAGACAAACAAAAGAGCAAAGAUGACCAGGCGAGUAAGAGGAGAUCGAGACAGGACCAAAUGAAAAGGAAAGAGACUCUUGUGAAGGAACUGGGGGAAUUGCUAAAGCAGGAUGUGUCUAGCUUUUUAAUUCCUGUCAUCGGGUUCUACUGCCAGAAGUGUGAGGAGUUCUUUGAAGACAUGACCACUGCUGAGAGCCACACAGCAACCCACCGGUGGAAUGAGCUUAGCAUGCAGAAGCAUGGAGACAGACGACCUGAAGAUGACAGACAACCUGAAGAUGACAGAGGGCACCCUAACCUUCACAGCAGACACCCCCUGGCCCCAAAGCGGAGGGACCAGAGAGACCCAAGAGAUCAGAGGAAUCCUGAGCACCAGAGGGAUCACAGGCACCCUGAUCUUAAAUGCAAACUAGGCGAGAGCCCAAAUGGUUACAGGAACGACAGGGAGAAGAUAUAUGUCAAAGAGGAACAACCUGGAAGCCCCAGGAUAAAGAUGACUAUGUUCUGCGGGCACACUCCACCAGGUCUGCAAAAGGCCAGGGGGAGAGAGGAGAAGGGAAUGGUGGAUAAGGGCUCUGGUGCUGCUUCCUCUGGCCCUGCCAGUGGGAGACAUGGUAGGGUGAAACCAGACGAGGUUGAGACCAAAGGAAAGCCCACCGUGGAAGUAUGUGACAAAAAGGAUAAAGAUAAUGGAGAAUGCAGUUCCAGCAGUGACAACGAGAAAAGUACAUCUCCUAAAGGCCACAAAAAGAAGAAGAAGAAGAAAAAGAAGGAUGAGAAGUCUUAGCUGCUGUACUGCAUGUCCUGGUUUGAUUGUUUCUGUGGAUGACCUGGCCUUAGGUAAGUUUGGCAUUGUGGUUGUUUCAGAAGUUGUAGCUUUGAAAGUUAGAAGGAAACUAUUCCUGUGACCUGUUCUCUCCUUUUGAGGUUGCCUUUUUUCAACAAUUAGUUUUUCUGUGUUGUAGUGGAUAACAGCACCUUUUCAUUAAAUGCUGUUGGAGGACAGGACAUUCCAGGUGAAUACAGCAUUUAUCAUGUCCAGAAUCAUUUUGCUGCCAGCCACUGAUCCCAUUGACAAUUAACUUACUGUAAAUGUUUCUAUAAAAAACAUCUCAUAUUGGGCCAUGGUCACAUUUGUUUGUGUUUAUAUUUCACUUGGUUCAACCUUGAUUUAGUGCUGCAAAUAUUAUGUAAUGUAUUUUUGCAAUUAAAUGUCAACUUUCAUUUGAA